AUGGUUCUAUUUCGAAACAUUCCUGUCAUUCGCAGGUUUUUUGCCAAAGCGGAUGAUGGCAAGCCUCCAUUUCCUACACAACAGCUCUUCAUACUAGGGCUUUGCCGGAUAUGCGAACCUAUCGCUUUCAUGUCCAUAUUUCCGUACGUUUACUAUAUGGUUGCUAAUUUCAAUGUCACAACGGACGACCGAAAAAUCGCCUUCUACGCUGGAAUUGUUACUUCUGCCUUCACUCUGGCCGAGUUUUCUACCGGCAUGCUCUGGGGCCGCGUGAGUGAUGCUAUCGGCCGGAAACCAGUCCUCAUUAUGGGCCUCGUCGGGACGGCUAUUAGCAUGAUGGUAUUUGGGUUCGCUUCCAGCCUUCCGAUGGCCUUGAUGGCUCGAGCUCUGGGCGGCCUAUUGAACGGAAAUAUCGGCGUCUUACAGACCACAGUUGCGGAACUUGUCACGCAUAAGGAACAUCAACCACGAGCUUACUCCAUCAUGCCUUUUGUCUGGUGUUUGGGAUCUAUCAUCGGCCCUGCGCUUGGUGGUACCUUGGCUAAACCAUGUGACAGUUAUCCAUCGCUUUUCCCUGAAGAUAGUAUCUUCAAGCAAUAUCCCUUUUUACUACCGAACUUAGUUUGCGUUACUGUUCUUCUCGCUGGUAUCACGAUCGGGAUUCUUUUCCUGGAGGAGACCCAUGCUGUAAAGAAACAGCAACGUGACCGGGGCCGGGAACUCGGAAAGUACCUAGUGGCGAAACUCUUCAGGGGUGAUGAUGUGGCAAGGGGUAUGAAGAAUACGAGCGACACCGGUGACGAGGACGCUAAGCCAUUCUUAUUCCAUGACGACCCCCCGCCUGGCUACGAAAGCCUGGAAGAUCCUGAUAUCCAUGAAACCCAAGCAGCAAAGGGACCAAUAGCUUUGCCAGUCCAAACGAAGAAGGAUAAAGGGUUCAUCAAGGCAUUUACUCCCAAAGUGAAAUAUGUGAUUCUGGGAUAUGGUCUUCUCGCCUACCAUAGCGUGAGUUUCGACCAACUUAUGCCUGUAUUUUUAAGUACACCUGCUUCCAAUGCACCUGUCGAGCUCCCGUUCAAGUUCUUAGGAGGCUUGUCUCUUUCGACCAAAACAGUUGGAUUCAUGCUUGCCGUGCAGGGCGUAUACUCGAUGAUAGCACAGCUCGUCCUUUUCCCUUUCGUCGUUCGAUCCUUUGGAACCCUAAAUACAUACCGAUUCGUCAUAUGCGUUUGGCCACUUCUCUAUCUAGCCGUACCAUACCUAGUCCUCCUCCCUGAAGUUUUCCGGCUACCAGCUGCGUACCUCGCUCUAAUUUGCAAAAUCACGCUCCACGUUAUCGCAUUCCCCUCAAAUGCAAUUUUGCUCGCCAACUCCGCUCCAUCAACAUCUGUGCUGGGAUCUAUAAAUGGUGUGGCAGCUUCGACUGCCAGCUUAAGCAGAGCCCUUGGGCCAUCAGUGACUGGAUUCCUCCAUUCAAAGGGCCUAGAGCAUAGGCUUUCUAUUCUAUCGUGGUGGGCAUGUGGCCUAGUCUGCGCCAUAGGAGCUUUGGAAAGCUUCUGGAUAGAGAGAGAUAACGCAAAACCAGCCCCUCAAAGAGGAGAUCCCGAAAAACUGGAAAAGUUGGAUAUGGGUGAAUGUGAGGCUGGUUUGCAGUAUGAGGCAUCAGAAUCGACCACCGAUAAGGCGAGACUUCACCCAGAGCACUCUAGGGAACACUCUAGCGAUCUCAAGGCAUAA